AUGACGUGUCUUGCAAGAACUGCAGUCAUUGACGUCCGCAAAGCUUCACCGGCAAUCAGUGAAUCCUCCGAGGUUCCUGAUUACUUCGACACUACCCUUGGAUGGUUUGCUGGUCCUACUGCAACCGGAGACUCUCCUUGGCUUGCACAGACGAAUGCGGCGCCCUUCCCUGGCGUGUCGUACAUACCAAAUGCUCCUCUUGAAACUCAGAUCCCAAUCCGUGGCAACAAACAUGGCAAGAACAUUUUUGAGCUCUUAGCAAAUCUGAGCCCGUAUUUUCCAAACUCGCGAGGAUUCGGCGUCAAUGAAUAUUCUCUCCCGGCUGGCAGCAGCGUCUCUUGGGUCAACAUGGUUUCCCGGCACGGGAGCCGCUACCCGGCAGCUGGUAGUGAUGCAGAAAAAUUGGGGCUAAAGAUAAACAGCGCUGCUAGGAAGUUCAAAGCAACCGGUCCUCUGUCGUUUUUGAACUCAUGGAAGUAUGGCAUGGGGGAGGAAACACUUGUCCCGAUUGGAAAGCAAGAACUAUUCAACUCCGGGACACUGCACUACUACCAAUACGGACAUAUAUAUCCAAACAAUGGACGCAAGAUAGUAGCCCGGACCACGACUGAAAAGCGCAUGCUCGAGUCCGCCGAAUACUUUUUGGCUGGCUUCUUUGGACUGGCUUGGCCAAGCAAAGCAAGAUUGGAAGUCAUCAUCGAGGAACCCGGCUACAACAACACCCUGAUGGGCGACUAUGACUGCCCGAACGUAGACUUAGGAGUAUCGCGGGGUGGCUACAACGCGUGGAUCGCUACGUACCUUGAGGAUGCUACGAAGCGUUUCCAGGGGAUGGUGAGUGGAGGCCUAGCCUGGUCAGUCAAGGAUACAUACGCGGCGCAGCAGCUUUGCGCGUUUGAGACCGUCGCCUUAGGCUACUCUCGGUGGUGCAGUCUCUUCACCCUCGAGGAAUGGCAAGGCUUUGAAUACAGCAUUGAUAUCAAGUUCUCAGGCGGGUACGGCUUCCAGUCGCCUACUGGCAGGGCUAACGAAAUAGGAUACGUCCAAGAAGUGUUGGCCCGCAUGACGCACCAUACCAUAACCUCCCCGACGGACAACAUGAACGUCACUCUGGACAACAACACUGUCACGUUCCCGGUAGACCAGGCUUUGAACUUUGAUUUCUCCCACGACACGAAUAUCUUAGGCAUCAUGACCGCAUUCGGCUUGACCCAGUUCAACAAGACAUUACCGUCGACCCACAUCGUCGAGCGGGAGCUGAUUGUGAGCCAUGUCACACCAUUCGCUGCGAGAUUAGACAUCGAGAUCAUCAAGACGCCGCAGCCUGUCAACGCUGAUCGUUCGGCUAAGGAGGUGUACCUUCCGGGGCCUCCUACGAGCUAUGUGCACUUCGUUCUCAAUCAGCGAACAGUCCCGCUGGGGCUCAGUUUACAAGAAUGUGGGCAGCGUGACGAUGGAUGGUGCGAGAUGGAGACAUUCUUGAAGGUACAGAGAGCGCAGAUUGAGCUAGUGAACUUCACAUACGCUUGCUUUGGAGAUUAUGAGCCAGUUCCUUAUGGCGAGAUCACCAAUGGUGUGCCGUUGUAG